AUGGAGCAGGCCUCAGAGGAGGAUGCUAAGACCCAUGCUGUGGGUAUUGAUCUUGGCACCACCUACUCCUGUGUGGGAGCUCUCGGGACAGAAAUGUGGAUUUUCUACAUGAGCAUCGGACAAAACCUCUGGAAGAUAAACCAAGCCUUUGAGCAUGUGCCGCCCAACGAGCUGUCUGCAAAGGUCUACAAGGAUGGAGAGGUCCAGAUCAUUGCGAACGACCAGGGGAACCGCACGACGCCAUCGUAUGUGGCAUGGACGGAGCAGGAGCGGCUCCUCGGCGAUGCUGCGAAGAACCAGGUCGCGAGCAACCCGACCAACACUGUCUUCGAUGCCAAGCGAUUAAUCGGGAGACGGUUCGACGACCCAGUGGUGCAGGCCGACCUUAAGCUUUGGCCAUUCAGAGUUGUCUCGGAUGGCACGAAGGAUGACAAGCCUUUGAUUGAAGUGCUUUAUCAGGGCGUCCUCAAGAAGUUCCAUCCUGAAGAGAUUAGCUCCAUGAUCCUGACCAAGAUGAAAACAACGGCAGAGGCAUACCUUGGACAUCGCGUCAAGGAUGCCGUGAUCACUGUUCCGGCAUACUUCAACGACGCCCAGCGCCAGGCAACGAAAGAUGCAGGCGAGAUUGCUGGCCUGCGGGUCUUAAGGAUCGUGAACGAGCCAACAGCUGCGGCCAUCGCGUAUGGCUUGGACAAAGACUCCACCGAAGCGAAGAAGUCAGAGAAGGAGACGAAUAUCCUCGUGUUUGACAUGGGUGGUGGGACCUUUGAUGUCUCAGUCCUGGCCAUUCAGGACUCUGUGUUCGAAGUCAAAGCGACAGCUGGCGACCCCCAUCUUGGCGGCGAGGAUUUUGACAAUCGAAUCCUUAGCCACUGCAUCGCCGACUUCCGAAGGAAGUUUGGGGUGGACCCGACUCGCAACCAGCGCGCGCUGCGCCGCCUGCGCACUCAGUGCGAGAGGGCGAAGAGGCAGCUGUCAACACAAACAUCCGUGACCAUCGAGGUGGAUUCCCUGCACGAUGGCAACGACUUCAGCCUCAGGCUCUCUAGAGCCAAGUUCGAGGAGCUGUGUAUGGACUACUUCAAGAAGGCAAUGGAGCCUGUGGAGCAGUGCUUGAAGGACAGCAACCUACCGCAGAAGGCGAUCUCGGAUAUCGUCAUGGUAGGAGGAUCCACGCGCAUCCCGAAAGUCCAAGAGCUCAUCAAAGGACACUUUGGCGGGAAGGAGCUUUGCAAGAGCAUCAAUCCGGAUGAGGCUGUGGCCUACGGGGCUGCCGUGCAGGCCGCGAUCGUCUCUGGCCAGGGCCAUGAAGACGUGCAAAACAUGCUUUUGCUGGACGUGGCCCCGCUGUCUCUGGGUAUCGAAACAGCCGGAGGCAUGAUGCAGGUCUUGAUCGAGAGGAACAGCACAGUUCCCACGAGCAAGAGCCAAGACUUCACCACUUUUGAGGACUACCAGGAUCACGUGGACAUCUCUGUCUAUGAGGGGGAGAGGGCCAUGGUCAAAGACAACAACUUUCUGGGCAAGUUCACCUUGAAGGACAUCCCGAAGUCUUUGCGGGGCGUUCCAAAGAUCCAGGUGACCUUCACCAUAGACACCAAUGGCAUUCUCCAGGUCAGUGCCGAGGACGCGAAGUCCCAAAAGAAGAGCGAGAUCCAGAUCGCGAACGAGAAGGGGCGCCUCACGCAGAAUGAUAUUCAGAGGAUGCUUCAAGAGGCCGAGCAACACAAGGGCGAGGACGAGAUAUCUCGUGGCGACCUCUUGGCCAAGGAGGAGUUGAAGGUCUACAUGCAGCGCUUCGAGAAGGGCUUUCAGGACCUGGACCAAUCCAAGUUGCAACCAAAGGACCGAGAGCGGCUAGAGGGCAAAUUGAUGGAUGCACAGAAGUGGCUCGAGACGGAGGGUCUCAAGGCUGGCAAACCGGAGUUCGAAGCCAAGCAGAAGGAGCUUCAGGCGGCGAUCAACACCGUCAUGCUGCGAAUCAACCGAGCGCAGGCCGAGUUCUGGGAUCAGCAGGUUGUGCAGCAUGAGGGUGAGAAGAGCAUUGCUGAUGGGGGCUUCAUCCUCCAGUGCGGGGUCGACAUCCGCGAGCUGAUCGAGGAGCCGCAGUGA